AGUAACCUUCUGAGGUUCCCAUCUUCCUCAGGAAAUAAGAGCCUCCAGCAAAGAAUGAGAUUGAAAUGCCCCCUUGCUGCUGUUGCUCAGGGCUGUUACCAGCUACGCCUGAGCUCCCUGAACUCUUCUCCUGCCCCAAAGGGUUCUUGGGUCUGGUUUAAGCUGGGGUGAAUUAGCUGGUGGGGUGACCACAGUGGGAGUGCAGGUGUCUUGUGGUUCCAGGCAGACACACAGGUCAUGUUACACCCCACUCUGAGCUUUGAAUAAUUAGUCAGAAUUUGCAGAUUUGGCCCAAAUAAAUGUUUUGGAGGCUUAAGAUAUGCUGGGACAUGCAGGCAAUUGUGACAGAUCCCAAGUCACCUCCUGAAUACAGGGGUGGUCUGGAGGGUGGCUUUGAGCCUGCCUGUGAUACAGAAACUGCUCUGACCCCCCAGCAGCCCACUGGUGAGCGCCCCAGCUGCAGCACAGACCUCCUCCCCACUUACCCUCGCCUGUGCAGGUGAAAGCAAAGCUGCACAUGUGGGGAGGCUGCAGAACCGUUGUAAACCGAGGCCAUCCUGCCAGCAUUCAGCUGCCUGGGAGUGUGUGCGCAAGAGAUAGCAUGUCUGUGACGGUAAGGAGAUAAGGUUUGGACUGGAAGGUUGGGAGCUUUUUCUCCUGAAGCCGAACUGUAUGAAGACAAGGUAAAGGUAUGCAGUACACAGACACCACAAUUGCCUCCAGGCAGAAGAUUCCACCUGCCACCUGAGCAGGGACUGAUUGCCCAGGUGACAUCUUUCUUGUGGUUUGGAGUACUAGUGUGCAUGGGUGUUGUAAGGAACUUAGCAGGAAAAGGAGUGGUGGGUGUGCGUGGGGGCAUGUGCAAACAGCAGGAGCUGUAGUUUAAAAUGGAAAGAUGCAAGGGUGGAAUGUGGCCCUGGCCGGCUGCUGGCAUGUGUCACAGCCGUUGUCACUGCAGAGGGAGGUGACAUGGCUGUAGCAGCAGUGGGUGCCCUUCUCUGCUGGGUCCCAGGCUCACAGAUGCCAGGAGCGCACUACUGUGCAGUACUGAGGUCUCUCUGCCAGGGAGGACUGCCAUGCUCUGCUUGUGGACCCAGCCCUGGCAGAGGUGAGGAUGCCAUGAAGUUCCCUCAAAGGGCAAAAAAGGAGUGAAAUCAAAUUGUACAUCGUAUGUGUACCUGUGCACAGGCAUUAACAGAAAUGCACAUUGCUCUGAACCUUGUCAGCCUCUUGCGUGUGUCUCCCUGUGCUGUCACUGCAGCGUUUCAUCCUCUCCUGCUGUGCUUCGCAGCCCUCCCUGUCCCAAGGGUGGAGCAGCUCCAACCCUCCCCAUCUUCUCCCCAGUGUGUGGCACAGCCAGCAUGGCCAAGGACUGAGGGGCACCCACUGGGUGUCACUUUAAGAGCAUGCCUGGCUGGGAGCCCUGACCCGCCUCUGGGGUCAGCGUCACCGUCUCUUCCUCCUCUGCACAGCUGAGUUUCUAUUUCCUCGGCUUCUUUUGCUGGCUUCUUUCCCCCAUCACCCCAAUCCCUGGCGCAGGCAGGAUGGCAUCGCCCAUCUCGCAGAAGCUGGAGGAGAAGCUGGUGUGCUCCAUCUGCCUGGAACUAUUCAGGGUGCCCGUGACCUUGCCCUGCGGGCACAACUUCUGCAAGCGCUGCAUCAGUGACCACUGGCAAAAGCAAGAGCGGGUGCCCGCUGGGGCCGAGAAGGGCUACACGUGCCCCGAUUGCCGCAGGACCUUCGAGCGACGCCCAGAGCUGGAGAAGAAUGUCACCCUGUGCAGUGUGGUGGAGGUGGCGCGGGAUGGCGAGGCGCGGGUCUCGGGCGCAGAGAGGUGCGAGGUGGCCCGUGGUGAGCUGUGCCCGCAGCACGGGCGCCCGCUGGAGCUGUACUGCGAGGACGAGCGGCGGUGCAUCUGCUGCGUCUGCACCGUCCAGCAGUGCCACCAGCACCAGCGGGUGCUCUUCGAGGAGGAGCGCUCUAAAAAGCAGGCCCUUUUGAAAGAGUCCCUGGAAAAAGCCGAGGAGGAAUUGGAGAGGAUUGAGCAGGCAAUGCAGGAGCUGGAUGAGCGAACGCGCAGCAUCAAGGAUUCCUCUGAGGGGCUCAAAUCAGUGAUUCUGAGCAAAUUCACCUUCCUGAGGAAAGCCCUGGAGGAUUUCCAGUGUUGGACGGUGGCCAGGAUUGAGCAAGAGCAGGCGGCGGCACUGGGGCGCGUGGGGGAGGACUGGAGCUUCCUGAAGGACCACCUGGACGUCCUCAGCCAGUACAGGGAGAGGGCUCAGCACCUGCUGGCCUGCCCUGACCACAGGACCUUCCUCCAGGAGUUCCCUCUGCUCCCAUCUCCGGAGAGCCCAGAGGCACUGCUCCCCAUGGAGUUUGAUGUGGCCGCCAUGGUCAAGCCCCUUGUUGAGAUCCUCACUAACAUCUCCAGGCUCCUGCUGGAGGACCUGCCCAGCUCUGUGGCCCCAAAAGCCCCGGAUCCUGUUGGCCAAGACCACCGCAACCUGACCUUCGAUCCCAAGACAGCCAACAAGUACCUGGAGCUGUCAAAAGGUAACCAGAAAGCCAAGCACGGCCCCGGCGUCGUCUGCGUGCAGCAGGAGCAGGGAUCUCGCUUCAAGCCCUGGCAGGUUCUGUGCACGCAGGGCUACAGCCAUGGCCACCACUACUGGGAGGUGAAGAUCUCCAGCCACUCCGUCAUCCUGGGGGUGACCUACCACGGUCUCCCCCGAGAGCAGCAGCAGGGCCACAAGUUCAACAUCGGGCUGGACGGGGGCUCGUGGGGGCUGCAGGUGCGGGAGGAUUGCUACCUGGCCUGGCACAAGGGCCGAGCGGAGAAAAUUCAGGAGCAGCUGUAUAAGAACCUGGGGGUCAGCCUGGAUUACAGCAAGGGGGUCCUCUCCUUCUACGGCCUCGGGGAGAGAAUGCAGCUCAUCUACUCCUUCCACAAUGUCUUCACCCAGCCCCUCUAUCCUGUCUUUUGGCUGUGCGAGGGGCGAGCGGUGACGCUGGGCCAGAGGGACUAAGAUGGAGCUGCCGCGCUGCUCCGUUAGCUGGGCUGGCAAGCCCCAGGCUGGUGCCGUAGCUGAGCCGCAGCCAGCGGCUGUCAUGGUGCGAGUGCAACCCCAGUGCCGAGGCAGGAGUAGGGUGCGGUGUUUUAAUGAGAGCUGAUGAGGACAGACAUGCAAAUUAACCCACUCGAAUUUGCAUAUGCAAAUAUCACUCUGGUGACAAAAGUUAGGGCAGGGAAAGGACGCAGGGCUCAGGGCUGUGCCCUUGCGGUGGGGAUGAAGCCCCCGGUCACUGUGCAUGGGGGCACGUGUGGGUGCCCAUCUCUGCAGAUGACGCAAGGGUGGGGGAUAGGGAGGGUGCAAGAAUGAGGUUUUUCCUCUUUCUCCCAUCCUGGCCCGGGGGAGAUUUGGGGAGAGGGGUACCCUGGAGGGGGUUGCUGCAGCCAUGGAGUGCUGUGGAGCAAUGCGGCAGGAGCCCUGUGCUCCCCCAGCCCCACAUGCAGGCAGGUCCUGCUCCCCCUCCCUGUCCCCUCUUGCUGCUCUCGGACGUAGCAGAGCUACUUUUUGGGGUGUCACGCUGCAGUUGCUCUUUGUACAAAGCUGCUUUGCCCAAUAAAGCUCUGUUUUCCUAC